UUAAACUUCAAGCAGGAAGCAACUCGAAAGAACAAGCUAGUGGACUGAACAUUUAAGAAAAGUGAACUACAACUACAACUCGUGCUGUAUCAGUGCUUUUAGAUAGAACAAAUAUGAAGGAUGUCCCGUCCUAGCGGUAGCGGGAACGAGGAAGAGUUCGCUUACAGCAGUUCGGGCUCCGAGGGGGAGGGAACGUGGGAGGGUGAGCGACCCACAGGGAAGUCCGUCCUCAACGUGUUCAAGGGAUACCACGUUCCGGGCAAAUACAAUUUUAGACCUAGUAUGGACGAAAGCAUAGAACAAAGCAUGUACCAACAAUCAAGCGACAAUCAAUACAAUAAACAACCAGAGGAGAGCGCAGCGUCUCAAAUCGAGGAAAGCAUCCAAGGACCAUCAUUUAUAGCUAGCAUGCCCGAUUCAAUGCAGCAGCAGCAUUCACUUUCAGAAGACUGUUCAAUCAUUGGAGAAGGACCUACACUGACUCCAGAAACAAGCGAGUCUGACAUUAAGAGGUCUCCACCUCCCGUGCCUCACAGACAUUUUAAGUCCCAAAUAGUAAGAGAGUUGAAUAGGUCAACCCUCUCAGAUAACAUGAUCGAGACUGAUGCCAUUUCACUAACAGUUGAAUCUGAUAGUGUCGACCAUUCAGACAGUGAAACACAAGAAAAUCUAAUGGCAGGAAGUGACGAAUACAGCAGUUACACUGACUUCACACACGCUCAAGGGUAUCCACCCGCUGCUGGAUAUGAUGCCAACGCUUUUCAAGGACAAUAUGGAGUGCAAGCGGAACAAAAGUAUGAUCCGCAGCCAUACUGGCAACCUUAUCCAGGACAACAACCAUACAUACCAAAUGCACAAUAUCAGGCACCAAGGUUUCCACAGUGGGGUCCUUUCCCAUACUAUCCGUAUGUACAGCCAUAUCAACAUACACCUGAUUUUGAUAAAGCUAACAGGCCAACAUUUGGCUACGAAAGUGCUCCAUUCAAACAAAAAGACAAGGAAUCGUUCAAACCAGAGAAAACGCCUAGGAGAACAAAGGAUACGGCAAAGCAAAGGCAACAUAGAACGCCAACCGAGCCCGCAGUAAAGCUUGAACAAGAACGAAAACAAAACCAAAGGCACGUUGAGUCGAAGAAGCCACAAAACAGGAACCAAAGCCGGAGCACAGAGAGUCUUCGACAGGUCGAAAAUGACACUACGAAGUACUGUAUAUUUGCAAAAGGAAUAGACCCAAAAGCUCCUGAAGAACACAUCAUAACUCUCUUUGAAGUUUGCAUGGGCAACACUGUCGACUAUAUUCAAGAUUCAAUGGUUUUCAACUUACCGAAAACAUGUGCCGUGUUUUCUGUGGAAGGAAAACCUGAUAUGGAGUACAUGAAGAGAAACUUUGCCAAGAGGAGGAAUUUGUCCUUUUACCCGGAGCUGCACCUACUGGGCAAAACACCGAUGAUUGCCAUUAGCUUCAACGGCGGUGUGACGGUUGACAUGCUGGAGCUUUACUUUGAAAGUGAGAGAAAUGGAGGGGGAGACGUCGAGGGCACCCCGUAUGAGACCGACGACGGAAUCUGUACUAUUGUGACUUUCUCAGAUGCGGAAGUUGUCGAAAGGGUUUGUGCCAAAAAGGACCACACUUUGAACGGACAGUCACUUCGAGUGUCGCCAUUUUACAAGUGCGAGUUGGGCGAACUUUAUGAUGCAGAACUUCACAAGUUUUCUCUCCCACAACCAAUUGCUUUUUCAUUGUCAACAGCUAAAUCUCAACUUUUGAAAAAAACAUGCUGUUCGAAGUUUCUGAAGGACUUGGAGGCACACUUUUGCGAAUGCGAAAUAACCGAGAAUACACUUAAACUUUCUUGUUGCCUCACGACAGCCACGCCGAACGUAAUGCAGUUGAGAAUGAGUUGGCUUGGGGAUGUGACUUAUCUGGUCGAACACUUUUUUGAAAAUGUCACUGACAACCGCAUACUUGACUUCAGCCACAAGAUUUUCACAAAUGUCAAUGAUUAUUGCACUACCUUCUCCAAACACCCAGACGUUGUGGUACUCUGGGAUGAAUCAAAGUGUCUGAUUGAAGUUUUUGGCUUGAGGGCAAGUACAUCUGCUGUUUUUGAAAACAUCGAAGGCAAGGUGAAGCAGUGGGAAAGACAACUGACCAUGAUAACCGAACGGAUACAUAUAUCGUUUAUUCACAUAAAAUUGAUGGAAAAACGCGGUUUAAUAAGAAGGCUAAAAGCAAUACCGGAGCUUGAUGUCAGAGUUGACGAUGAUUUUGUUGAUUUAAAAGGGCAACCAAGCGACAUAACACAAGCAAAACUUGUAAUUCAUGAAAGUAUAAACAAAAUGAAAGUCAGUAAAUACAAACAUGGGCUAUCGUUUGAAUGUGCUGAGCUUGUCCGAUCAAAAGCAAGUGUAAUUGCACUUAUUGACGAAAGCCUUAAAGAAAAGAGAAUCGAGGCCUCAUGGAAAAUAGAAGGAAGUGCGUUCCACGUCGUGUUUGUGAAGGAUCAACAAGACGAUUAUGGAUAUGCAAAUAUGAGUGAUAUGGACUCGGACAUAGUGAGUGUCUUCUCAAAUAUUUUGGAGAAUUUUAUUCUUUAUGAAAGGGGCGACAAGGGUGUGUUCCAUUCUGGUGAAUGGAUACAGUUUAUUACUGAUUUAACUAAAGAACACGAUGACUUUGCAGCUUUUGAUAUCGACGAGAAAAAGUGCAGGAUAGGUUUGCAUGGAUGGCACGAAAACGUGAACGAAAUGUACAAAAGUAUAGAGUCUUUCCUUGACAAGAGAGUCUUAAGGACACUAGUUUUGAAAAGAGGAACAAUCCAAAUUGGUUUUAUUCAACGGUUCAAUCGUGUUGAUAUUGAUGAUUUGCAGAAAAAUCUAAAAGAAUACAAUGGUUUUAUUGCAUUUUCUGAUGACAGUGAAACUGUUGAAAUUCGCGGGAGAAGGGAAGAUCGAGAAAUAGUCCGUGAUGAAUUGGAACAAAUACUCAACUCAGUCAUACGAGAGGAGCACACCAUUAAAAACAUGUCAGUGAAGGGUGCGUUGCAAGAUAAAAAAUCUCUUGGAAAAAUCGAUGAAAUUGAGACGAUUACUAGAUGUUUGAUACGGCUACCAGGCGAGCAUGAGACAUUCCAGUACGGGGCUAAAGAUGACGCAGAUAUCGGAGAUGAUCAAGUUCCCGGGGCAAUGGCAGCAUCAGCACGUGGAGAAAUAGGAAAACUUAAGUUUCAAAGCUCUUCUCGACGUAUGAAUGUUCGGUUUAUGGGAGAAAGGAACAUGCAAUAUGUAAAUCCAAAGAUACGACAGAAGGCCUAUUCCAACACAGGCUAUGUCAUAAUUGAAAAUGGUGUUCGUAUUUUCGGAGUAAACAUGCAGCUGUUCAUAGGGGACAUUUUUGAGCACAAGGCAGAUGCCAUUGUAACAAGCGUUGGAUCAAAUUUAGAAUUGCAUGGAGCAGUUGCCAAUGGGUUGAAAAAGAGAUGCCCGCGAGUAAAACAACAGUGUCAAGCACAACUGUCAACUUUUCAAAAGGAUGGUAUACUUAUCACGACAUGUCAAGGGCUUGAAGCCCGACAGGCAAUACUCGUCAAACAUGUGGAGAGACCAUCAGACUGGAAGGCGCAAAUGAAGAUGUGUUUUGAAGUAGCAAACCGAUCCGAGAUUAAAACAGUGGCGUUUCCAAUUCUAGGCUCAGGUGCAGAAACCCUUUUUGAUGCUCUUGACGAGUUUAUGUCAGAUGGAAACACUGAUUUGAAGAUAAGUGAGGUUCAUCUUAUCGUCUUUAAAACUCAAGCGGAACGAUUUCAACCAAUCAUAGAUGUUUUAUGUAGCAAGGCCAUGAAAGCGACUUCAGACUUAGAAAGUGGAUCAUUUGGACAGAUAAAGAAAGAGGUCUAUACAUCAUUUUUAUUAUGGCUUAAGCUGGGAGGAAGUUAUGGAAGAGGACAAAGGAAUUUGUAGAUGUAGGCUAUAUGGUAUCUGAAGAAGGAGCAACGACACAACCCCGUCAUUCACCCUCUUCUUCGAAAAGAAACACAUCGACCCUUGCACUGUAUAUUUACUCCGACUCCAGUGAAAAUAUACAGAGAUGUAAAUAACGGCUAGAAACACAUCUGGAAGUAGCAGUGAUAACCGCAUAUGUGAAAGAAAACAAAAAAAUCGUUUGCUCGUUAACAAAAGAGGAG